GCUAAAUUUCACACAAAUUUGCGUUUUAUAUGCCGAAGUACAACUACUACUUUAUAGGUUAAGAUAAGAGUCAAGUGUUGACACUCAUAAAGAAUGAAAAAGAUAUAUUAAAGAUUAACAAUAUUUGAUGCAGCUAUAGUGCAAUUUGUUUGUUGCUUAUAUUUUUCGCUGGUACAUUAAAUAAAAAAUAUACAAAAAUGACGUCUAUUAUAAAACUUCACGCGAUCUCCGGAGCGAUGAACGAAUCUCCACCUUGUUACAUAUUACAAGUGGACGAACUGAGAAUAUUGUUGGAUUGUGGAUGGGAUGAAAAUUUUGAUCAGGACUUCAUAAAAGAAUUGAAGAGACAUGUGAAUCAGAUAGACGCAGUUUUACUUUCGUAUCCAGAUCCAUUGCAUUUAGGUGCAUUGCCAUAUCUAGUAGGUAAAUGUGGCUUGAAUUGUCCCAUAUAUGCUACUAUUCCUGUAUAUAAAAUGGGUCAAAUGUUCAUGUAUGAUAUAUAUCAGUCUCGUCACAACAUGGAAAACUUUGACUUAUUUACUUUAGACGAUGUUGAUGCUGCAUUUGAUAAAAUUGUACAGCUGAAAUAUAACCAAAGCAUAUCGAUGAAAGGCAAAGGUUAUGGUGUUACAUUGACGCCUUUACCAGCAGGACAUAUGAUUGGUGGGACAAUUUGGAAGAUUGUGAAAGUUGGGGAAGAGGAUAUAAUAUAUGCUGUGGACUUUAAUCACAAGAAGGAACGUCAUUUAAAUGGUUGUGAAUUAGAGAGAUUGCAACGGCCAUCGUUAUUGAUAACAGAUGCGUUUAAUGCUACAUAUCAACAAGCUAGACGAAGAACAAGAGAUGAAAAAUUGAUGACUAAUAUCUUGCAAACAUUGCGAGGUGGUGGUAAUGUAUUGGUUAGUGUGGACACGGCUGGCCGUGUACUGGAGUUAGCACAUAUGUUGGAUCAGUUGUGGCGCAAUAAAGAAUCAGGAUUACUUGCCUAUUCAUUAGCACUUCUUAAUAAUGUGAGCUAUAACGUUGUAGAAUUUGCAAAAUCACAAAUUGAAUGGAUGAGUGAUAAAUUAAUGAGAAGCUUUGAAGGUGCACGUAACAAUCCAUUUCAAUUUAAACAUUUACAACUAUGUCACAGUAUGGCAGAAUUAAAUCAAGUUCCAAGUCCAAAGGUAGUACUUGCAAGUACUCCCGAUAUGGAAUGUGGAUUUUCCCGUGAAUUAUUUCUUCAAUGGUGUACUAAUCCACAAAACAGUAUUAUAUUAACAAGCAGGACAUCUCCAGGUACACUUGCUAGAGAUUUGGUAGAAAAAGGAGGUAAUCGAAAUAUUACACUAGAGGUAAAGAGACGAGUGAAACUCGAAGGUAUUGAAUUAGAAGAAUAUCAAAAACGAGAAAAACUAAAGCAGGAACAAAUGAAACAAGAACAAAUGGAAACCGCGGAUGUGAGCUCUGAAUCGGAAGAUGAAAUAGAAGUUGGUGGUGGCAGAGGAAAGCAUGAUUUGCUAGUGAAGCAAGAAAGUAAGCCCGGCUUUUUUAAACAAAGUAAAAAACAACAUCCUAUGUUUCCAUUCGUCGAGGAAAAAAUCAAGAUAGACGAAUAUGGAGAAAUCAUAAAACCAGAAGAUUAUAAAAUAGCAGAGACUGUACCUGAAAUAGAAGAUAAUAAAGAGAAUGUAGAAAUGAAACAGGAGGAAACUAGUCAUCAUCCAGAAAUAGCUGUAGAUAUUCCAACGAAAUGCGUACAAGUUUCGCGUACAAUGACCGUCAAUGCAUCAGUAACAUACAUAGAUUUUGAAGGUAGAUCUGACGGCGAAUCUCUACAAAAGAUUUUGGCACAGCUAAGGCCGAGAAGAGUUGUCUUGGUCAGGGGUUCACCUAAAGACACAGAGAUAUUAGCGCAACAGGCACAAAGCACUGGUGCAAGAGUAUUUGUUCCGGGUAGAGGAGAGACACUAGAUGCCACGACAGAAACACAUAUUUAUCAAGUACGUUUGACUGAUGCUCUAGUGAGUGGAUUAAAUUUCUCGAAGGGUAAGGGGGAUUCUGAAGUAGCGUGGAUAGACGCGAUGAUAACGGCACGUGAUCAAAUUUGUCGAGACGCAAUCGCCGAUACUGAAUCCGAGAAUGCGAUUGAUGAAAGUGACAAAAUAUUGACUUUGGAACCUUUACCAUUAAAUGAUGUUCCUGGUCAUCAAACGACGUUCAUAAAUGAAUUGAAAUUAUCUGACUUCAAACAAGUUUUGAAUAAAAGUAACAUUCCAUCAGAAUUUAGCGGAGGAGUUCUAUGGUGUUGUAAUAAUACUAUUGCUGUUAGAAGGCACGAAGCUGGGAAGGUGAUAUUAGAAGGCUGCAUUUCUGAGGAUUACUACAAAGUGCGAGAAUUAUUGUAUGAACAAUAUGCGAUUGUAUAGAUUUGCAUAGAUUGUGCAUUAUGUAUACAUACAUGGGCCCUACUCUGUACGUAUACGCUUACCGACAACUGUCGGUGUCAUUAAGAGUCGGCAGGAGUGA